AUGGAAUUAGCAAUCUACGAAAACAAGGGGGGUGACCGGACACACUCAAAUGAUACGGAUAAAUACUGUCAGCACCCCAAACACUGCCAUCACUUCCACACCGUCAGCGGACUUUCGGGUUACGGACCGACUUCACAAUACACAACCACUACCGUCGCCGUCGCCGCCGCCGCCACUACCGACAACAUAAAUGAGGACGCUGCUACCCACCUGCAAAAAUUACCAACACUCCUCCUUCCCAUCAACCUCCUCCUCCUCCUCCUCCUCCUCCUCCUCCUCCUCCUACUAAUCCAUCACCAACACCAUCACCACUCGAUGCUUCACCAGGUCGCGUGA